AUGGAAGUCUUCAGCCUGACCUCCCUAGGAAAGAACCUGCCAAUGACGCCAACACACCAAGGGCUCCCCCCCAGGGAAAUGAGCAACUUACUCUUACCCAUUGGAUAUCCCGAUCGAGAUCGAGCCAAACUUCGUCAGAUCUCCAAGCUCCCAAGCCCCACCACCUACCAAGAACACUACCAGCUCUAUGGACAUGUCCAGAACCUACCCAUCUACGACGGAACCGGGUGCAUGCCCGACAGCGUCGGGCGAUGGGUGUUUGAUGGGAGUCGGGUCCGGAAGCUACAGCUAGACGAGUUGGCCAAGGGCAAAGGAGUCCCUGGGGAAUGGCGCGACAAGUCCCUGGAGUUGCCCUACAAGGCCGUGGUGGGAGCCACCGCCGUACACAUCUGGACCGUGGUCUGCGACGCUGUGGCCGGGUGGCUCA